GAUCCCCCAUGGAUCAAACCUAGAUAAAUUAUAGAAUGGACAUAUGUGUAGCAUACACAUAUUCUAUAAUACUAAUAUUGAUAGGAUAUGCCAAAUGUGCCGAUAAACAAGAUAAUUUGCAACCAAGUGCUACAGGGGAUGGUUAUGAUAGUGAUGAUGAUGAAAAUUUUAACGUAAUUGUAAGUGGAGUUGAAAGUCUCCUUAUGGAAGAUGAAGAUAGCCAAACUGCUGGAGAAACGGUUGUUUCGGGUAUUGUCAUGCAACAUGGACUUGGACCUAUAACUGAUCAGGCUUAUGGAACACCUCAACAACCAAUACUUCAACCCUUUCAAUAUCAACACUACGUACCACCUGCACCUAUCCCUCAAGAUCCUGCUCCAACACACUACUAUGGACCAAUUGGAUCACCAGUGCCUAUUCCUCCUAGUCAACUUGUCACUCAAAUACCUGGUCAAAUGGAACCAAGAUUAAGAUUACCGGUAACUACGAUGUAUCCGCCAUAUGGACAAAGUUCUGAUAUACCAAUGCAUCAUGGAAUUGGUGUACCAUCCCAGAUAUAUCCACAACCUCCAGUAACUUAUCCGUAUCAUCAACCUUUUUUUCAUCCUAGACCAAGACUUACGCCACCCUUCGGUUUUCGUCCUAUGUUACCAAGGCAUCCUGUGCCACAUCCAAAUUUCCCUGUUUAUCAGCCACCACAGGCACCAACCGAACCCCCUUAUAAAACUGAAGAAAGUGAGAAACCUGAGGAGGAAGGUGCAGAAGAAGGUGCAGUUGGAGGAGCAGCUGGAGGUGGAGAUGAUGAUGAUGAGGGAGAUGAAAAAGUGAAACCAUCUGAACCAGUAAAAAUAUGUGAAAAAAUAACAUUUAUGAAAAAGACACCCGAAGGCGUAUUAAGUGAAAUGAUUGACGAAGACUAUAUAUUGGUAUUACAAAGUGAAAACAUAAAGAAAUUUAAAUUAAAAGUACCCCUUGAAGUACUAAUGUGUGAAGAAGAGAUUGUUUAUGUACAAAAAUCUGAUCACCCACAAUGCACAUUAUUAACCCAUAACAAAAAAGAACUUUGUUUUAUUCUUAAUUGUGAUGACCAUUUCAUUUUGUUAAAACGUGGUAAAAACAACUGGAAAGUUAAAAAGCAUCAAAUUCCAGAAGGUGUUAUUUUUUACACAACAACCGCCCAAGGAAUUGAAGUUCAAAUGAGUAGUCAGCAUUAUUAUAUCGAUCUCACUGCUUCAGGAUCAAUUAAAUUCACAUUUUUAUCUGGGAUUCCGUGCACGAAAGUUACAGAUAGGGGAGAAGUAGUUUGGGACAUGAAUAAUUUUCUUGAAAAACCGUAUCAGAUUUGCUAUAGCAGUAGAAGAAGAAUCGUUUUUUAUUUCACGACGAGUAUUAUUAUACUAGGAAAAAAAGGUGGUCAGUAUAAAAUUUUACGGAUUUACGAUAAUCUAAAUAAACAUCAAGAUUUUUGAACUAAUGACUUUGUUUAAUGUCACUAGACUAUGGAUAUAUAAUGCCAAAAAUAUUUUCAAUAAAGGUAUAUAUUUCAAUAAAUAAGAUAUUUUGUUUAUUGUUUCACUAGUAAUGUAAUUCUUUGAUGA